AUGCCAGGCCCUAAAGCAGCUCCCUCAACUUCCAAGCUCGACUCGCUCGAGACAGUUCAACGGACGCUGCAGCAGCAAGUGCCGCAACUGUUUGGCGCGUCGCAGCACUCGGUAGCGUCGCACCGCAAGAACAUCAACACCUUGCACGGCCUAUUUCUUCGAGCCGCGCAGGUCACGACCCUGUCCAACGAUGGAACGACGCUCAGGUUGACGGGCGAGAAAGCGUUCGGUGACGCGUUCCGGGCUGCGGUCGUUCAUCCGCUCGGCGUCAAGAAGGGUGUCGAGCAGGCCGAUCGCAUCAUCAAGUAUAUUGCGGGCUUCGUUGGUUUCGCGGUCGAGCACGGUAAGUUGGAAUCAAACUGUGGCAUAUUCGGUCAAAAGCGCAGCGCUCAUGUCGGCGUUCAUUUGCUUGCCAUCCCGUGACCAACUAGACUUCAAACAACGUGAGGCCGAAGCAGGCGAACAGGAUGACGACGAGGACGAGGACGGGCCCGCCUCGCGACUCGUGGCCCAACUCCUCGCCUUCUUGCUCAAAGGGUUCCAGGCCAAGAACAAGGUCGCUCGCUUCCGCAGCGUGCAACUCGUCGCGCUCAUGGUCAACAGUCUCGGCGAGAUCGAGUCAGUAUUUUCGCAUGCCUUGUCGGGCUUAGGGUACCCGCUCUGAUCUAACAUGCCCAUCUCUUCUUCAUCAGUGACGAUACUUAUCAGUUGCUCAAACAGGCCUUGCUCGAACGGGUGCGGGAUAAGGAGUCGACCGUUCGCAUGCAAGCCGUCGUGGCUUUGGCCAAGCUCCAGGAAGCCGACGAGGUCGAUGAGGAUGACGACGACGAGCUGAGCGUGUCAGAUGUGCUCAUCGACGUGCUCACCCACGAUCCUGCCGCGUGAGUUUUCACAUCCUCAUACAUCUCUCAUGGUGACUAUCAUAACAGAGUGAACGGGCAAGUGACUGAUCUAUCCCUGUGUAUAACAGCGAGGUUCGACGCGCCGCGCUCUUCAAUCUCAUCCCUUCGCCCAAGACCCUGCCGGCCUUGCUGAUGCGUACUCUGGACGUCGACCCCAUCAAUCGACGUGCCGCGUACCUUCAUGUUCUGUAUGAAAUCCCCUGUGCUCGGUUGACUCAGACACAGCGCGAGGACGCGAUUGCUCGUGGCUUGAGGGAUCGAGAGGAAGGGGUUCGACGAGCAGCCAAGAAAUUGGUUUCGAAGUGGGCCGAGGAAGCGGGAGGCGUCGUUCGGGUAUGUCCACCGAGAUUAUACUUGACCGCUCUAUCGAAAGCUGAACUUGCGCUCUCGUACAGUUUUUGAAAUUUUUCGAUCUUUAUGAAGGGAAAGCAGCGGAAAACAUUCUCUCGGCCAUCUUCGAAUCAAACCCAGCUCUCAUGGAAGGGAUGGACUUUGGAGGUAAGUCGCGGAUGUUGAUUUGUCCCUCAAUUCGCAGUAACUGAUUCCCUUCCCCUUGUGCCUCUCCCAAAGGUGAAUUCUGGCAAAGUCUAACCCCUCACACGGCCUUCACGACUCGCGUCUACUUGAACCAUCUGCGCCAACUCGAAGACCCUCGCCUCGCCGACCUCGAACCCGUCGUCACUGCCCUGGCCUUCUUCGUCCAAAACGAGUGGACCAAAUUGGUCGUAUCGCUCGACGCGGCCGAACGAGACGAAGGCGCCGAACUCGAGCUCGAGUUCGUCGUCGGUGAAUUGGUCGAGAUGGCCAUUGACCUCGAUUACGGUGACGAGAUUGGUCGUCGCAAGAUGUUCGAACUGAUGCGCGAGAUGAUGUCCAAUUCGAUUUUACCUUACUCGUUGGUGCCAAAGUGCUUGGACGUUUUGCUCAAGGUGACUUCGUCGGAGAAAGAAUUCAUGAGGAUCGUCGUCGAGAUCGUUCAAUCCCUUCGUGCGGACUCGCAUCUGAUGACGACAGACGAUGAUGCCGAUCUCGACAACGAUUCAGAAGAUGAAGACGAAGAUGAAGACGCGGAAGCUCGCAAGGCCCGGCGUAAGCGUCGCUACACGGCUUCCCAAGAGCCCGUCAUCUUCGCUCGACGCAAGCAACUUGAUUUGCGAUGCCUCGUGAUCGUCAAGGCCUUGCUCGAACGAGUCAUGGGCGUAAGUCUUUACCAACAGGUUUCAUCAAGGGGGGAGGGGGUGGGGCUGAUUUCUUUGGUGGCUUGAUUGAUGUGGAACAGGCGUUGCAAGAGAACUCGAUGCUUCACGGGCUCGUGACCGAACUGGUCGUGCCGGCGAUCAAGCAGAAGGAUCAAGAGGUCCGAUCGUCUGGCCUCGUCUGCCUCGGAUUGAUCUCCCUACUGGACAAGGUAAGCAGUUCGGCUGUGGCGGUGCGUGUGUUGGGGCGGCCGAGUGCUAAACGAUCUCAAUGACUCACUGCAGCCGACAGCGGUCGACUCGUUCGAGUUGCUCGCGCGCCAAAGUCAAGACACGGAGGGCGAGCUCCGGGUCAAGAUCUUGCAAACUCUCUUUGAUCUGCUUGUUUUGCAUGGGAUCAAUCUCGGCGCCGACCGCGGUUUCGGGGUGAGCUCAAGUUUUCUAAAUUGAACGAGUAUUUCGUCAAUGCUGACGGAACCACUUUGGCAUCACCUUUCGCUCCUAUAGGCCGACGUCAUUCUCGGCUUCCUCAUGUCCUCGCUGGAACAAGAAGAACCCGAAGCCGAAGCAACCUGCGUGAUCGGCGUAUGUAAACUUAUGCUCUCGAACCUUGUCACGGACGAAGAGAUUCUCUCCCGCCUCGUGCUCCUCUACUUUGCUUCCGAAACGAUCGACAAUCAAAAGUUGCGCCAAUGCCUCUCCUACUUCUUCCCCGUCUACGCAUAUUCGAACCCCGCGAAUCAACGACGGGUGUCCAAGGUAUUCUUGCCAACAUUGGCGUUGCUAAAGGACGUGUACGACGAAUUGGGUACGACGGAACGGAACGCCAUGGUUGCACCUUUACAAAUCGGUCUUCAAUUGCUCGACUGGACCGAUCCUCAAAAAUCGAUCCUAGCGGCCGAAGACACCAAAGCCUCUCGUGCCCAAUUCGACGACACGAUCCAUCUCGAUCUGAGCGUGCAAAUGAUCAAGGCACUGUUCCAACAAACCCUUAAGGACGAACGCAAGUUGUUGUGUCAACUUUUACCCAAGUUGUAUAUUCCCUUGGAAGCGCCGCGUUUGAAGGUCAAAGCUUUGUUGUGGUUGAUCAAAGCGACCAAAUCGAAGAGGGCUUUGUCGGACACGGUUUCCAAGAAUGCGCUGGAGAGGUUCGAGAAGAUGGUCGUCAAGACGUGCGAGGAACAGGUCAAUGAGGUGGAUGAGGAAGCGUGGCAAGCGUCGGUUGAGUUUGCUGAAGUUCGAGAUUUCGUCAAGACGAACCUUGAGGGGGUUCAAGAUGAGGAGGCGGGCCAGGAGGAUGAGGCUGAAUCAGCUGCUGAGCAGAGCGAGGAGGAAGAAGAGGCAAUUGCGCUUCCAGUCCGACGUGUGCCUGCUCCUCAAGCUGACGACGAGGACGAAGAAGAGGAGGAGGAAGAAGAUGACGAGUAA